AUGCCGGUGUCGUGGAUCUGGCUUCUAUACUGCUUCUGCUGUUGUCACGAACCGUAUGACGUGUAUGACCACGAGGAUGGCCUGAAUGACGUGUAUGACCACGAGGGUGGCCUGCAUGACGUGUAUGACCACAAGGGUGGCCUGCAUGACGUGUAUGACCACGAGGAUGGCCUGCAUGAUGUGGAUGGCCUGCAUGAUGUGGAUGGCCUGCAUGAUGUGGAUGGCCACGAGGAUGACCUGCAUGACGUGUAUUACGACGAGGAUGGCCUGCAUGACGUGUAUGACCACGAGGAUGACCUGCAUGAUGUGUAUUACGACGAGGAUGACCUGCAUGACGUGUAUUACGACGAGGAUGACCUGCAUGACGUGUAUGACCACGAGGAUGACCUGCAUGACUUGUAUGACGGCGAGGACGGCCUGCAUGAUGGGGAUGACCACGAGGAUGACCUGCAUGAUGUGUAUGACCGCGAGGAUGGCCUGCAUGACCUGCAUGACCAAGGGAUGACCUGCAUGAUGUGGAUGACCAUGAGGAUGGCCUGCAUGCCGUGUAUGACCGCGAGGAUGGCCUGCAUAACCUGCAGGACCAAGGGAUGA